AAGAGGAGGAGCUGCUGUGUUCACUUUGCUCUUUCUGAAGCCUCAGAUAACGAGAGGAAGAGGAGAGAGUCUGACCAGAAAUCUUCAGCAGCCUCUCUGGAGGAAAAGAGAAGCUGAAGGUCAGAGGAGAAACCUCGAGAGACCCUUCGGCCCCGAAACAGACACUUCUGAGCCACAACUCCACCGACGAGACCGAGAGGACGAGGAGGACGACUGGAGAAACUCCUUCUACAUGCCAGAGACAUGUUGAUGUGAACAGAGAUUAGAUAGAAAGACAGACAAUCAGACAGAUAGAUAGACAGACAGAUAGAUAGAUAGACAGAUAGAUAGAUAGAUAGAUAGGAUGAAGGACAAAUGAAGGAAACAUCAGUGAGUGAGAAGACUUGAAUCUGGAAGCUAAGAUGAGGCCAGAGGAACCUGAACUGGUCCAGCUCUGCCAGAAAUAGCCUCCAUCAUGGGACUGAGCCAAGCCUCCAACAUCACCCCAGACAUCGGUUUGGUGGCAGCAGCGGCGGCGGCGGCGAGCAACCACCCCAACACCUCUGGCACCUCCACUCUUCCUCCGUCGUCCUGCAGCAUCGAUGAAUCCUAUAAGUACGUCUUCCUGCCCGUCUGCUACUCGCUGACCUUCCUCUUCAGCCUCACCCUCAACUCCGUGGUGCUGCUGCGCUCCUGCCGCCACCACGGCGGCUGCUGCAGCGGCAUCAGCAGUGGCGGACGGCGCUGGAACACCUCGCUGAUCUACAUGGUAAACCUGGCCACCACCGACCUGAUGUAUGGACUGUCGCUGCCCUUCCUGGUGGCGAGCUACGUGCUGAGGGACCGCUGGGUGUUCGGGGACUUCAUGUGCCGCCUCGUCCGCUUCCUCUUCUACUUCAACCUCUACUGCUCCAUCUUCUUCCUCACCUGCAUCUCCGUGCACAGGUACCUGGGGAUCUGCCACCCAAUGAGGACGAUCACUCUGGAGAGUAAGCGGGUGGUGAAGGCGACCUGUGCACUGGUGUGGGUGGUGGUCUUCAUCCUCACCUGCCCCAUCUUCAGGUUCGCCCAGACAGGAUACGUCAAAAGAGGAGGCGGAGGGGUCGUUGAGCCUGGAGGGCCGGGGGAAGGUUGGAACAGUUCUGGAUCUGAGUUGGACGACCAGGAGGGGUACAUGAACUGCUGGGAUGAUGCCAUCGAUAAAGAGUUUGCCGACUACGUCCCAUACGGCAUCGUCCUCCACCUGAUUGGCUUCUUUGUACCCUUUGUGAUCAUUGCCUGGUGCUACUCUCAGGUGGUUAGGACGAUAUUUCAGACCCUGCGGUCCCCUCCCAGCUCGAUAGAGGGCGGUGAGGAUGGUCCGGUGGGAGACGGCGCUACAGAGGGAGUUAGAGAUCGAGAGAGAACAUCGGUCUCCAUCUCGGGAUCGCAGUACUCGCAUUACAUACGGCGGCGACGGAAAUCCAUUAAAACCAUCGUAACCAUCACGCUACUUUUUGCGCUCUGCUUCCUGCCCUUCCACGUGACGCGGACGCUCUUCCUGCUCCUGCGGCGGGGGCAGCUCGGCGGCUGCAACGUCAUGAAGACUGUCUCCAUCUGCUACAAAGUCACCCGGCCUCUGGCCUCCUGCAACGCCUGGCUCAACGCACUCCUGUACUUCCUGACGGGGGAUAAGGGCGCCCCCUGCUGCUGGCCGGCAGAACCCACCGUCCGCAGAGACCGCCGGAGCGGCUCCCUCUGGUGGCCAUUGAAGAUCCUGAAAAAAGACGGUGUGGGAGAAGACGACCAGGAGGCAGCAGAGAAGGUUGAAAGGGAGGUGCACAUGGAGAACGAGUCCAAGUCUUCACGGGUCAUCUUCUAGAAGGUUUUAGAGCCAUUUCUUUAUUAAAAAAAGACUUGAAAUGAUGUGUGACGCUCCAGGAAAUGAUCUAGCAACUUCAAAGGAAGCUGCUCACUAUUCCUGGAAGUUCCCUCCAAAUUAAGAGCAAAUUUUAUGUUGGGAUGCUGUGUAAAAAGAAAAUAAAAACAAAAUGCAGUCUGGUGCAAACGAGCUGUUUAUUGAUGGCUGUUGUGCAAAGUGUUUGUGAGCUCAUGUAGAAUAAGAAAAUAUUUACAAAAAAUAAUGAAGAUGAUGAACUAAACAUUAAAUAUAUUGACUUUGUACUGUUAAGUUGAGUAAAUGUCAGAAAGGAUUAUCAAAUUAAAUGAAUUCUGUUUCAUUUAUUUUUUACACAGCAUCCAAACUUUUUGUCUUGGACCGAUUGUCCUCAGAUCAGAAAGAGCAACAUGUCCUGAAUCAUGAACGUGUGAAGUCUGAGGGGUCGUGUUUUAAUCAACUGCCCUCAAUUAACUCAUUCACAAACUCAACUUUUGCUCUUUGUUCCCUUAAUGUUGUCAUUUGUAGGCUUAUUUUACUCAACUCAUGAAGAAAACAGAAAUUGUUCCCUUGAAUCAAUUAAUUUCCUCAAAUUAAAAGAAUUAUUACAAAAACCUUUUGUCCUCCCAACACUCAGUGCAGAUUUAACUGACCUUUAUUCAGACUUUGGAUUGAGAUUUGUGGAUAUACUUGUUACAAAUAAACUACGCUGUAAAAUCUGACAAAAUGACUUUACUUAAAGUAACCAACAAUUUCAAGUUGUUAAAAUUUUGGAGGGUUUUCUUUACUUGGUAAAUCUGCGGUUAUCAGUUUCCUGACAUUUCAAAAGUAAAGUCAACAUUUUAAAAGCAUAAAAUAAGUAAAAUCAGGUAUUAACUCAGACAGGAUGCGAAAAUAAAUACGGUUGUUUGUUUUUGUCCUGUGUUGAAACUGAACACAAAGGAAAAGGAGGAACUGCUCAUGAAAUAAAAUAAAAUGUAGGUGGUUAUGAAACGGCACUUGGAAAACAACUUGUGUGUUUUGUCAUGUCCUGUAAGGAUAAAAUGGUAAUUAUUUAGAGACACAGAAUUAGAGAUUUAUUUGGUCGUACAUACUGUAUAGAAGGGAUUUGGGACAUUCUGAACAUCGGUUGUUUUGUAAAGAAAUUAAUGAUUAUUCUGUUGAUUAUUAGAAUCAUAUUGGUAAUCAUUUAUGUACAAAUAUUUGUCAAGUAGGUGGUGAUGCAAUCAAAUAUCUUGUUUAUUCUGACCAAAAGUCCAAAAUGUGAAGAUAUUCAGUUUGCAACGAUAACUGACAAAAAAAGGAACAGCUUGACGUCUUUUCAGCAGAUAAAUGACUUCAGAGAAUUGACUAUUAUCAUCAAUAAUAUCAAUAAUCAAGUACUUGAAAAAUAUUUUGAACCUUUCUUAAGCUGUAAUGAUUAAAUAUGUCUGAGCACACAUGAUUAAUUUGAGAGAAUAAUUUUCACCUGAUUUCCAGCUCUGUAGCAAACCAAUGAAUUAAAGGCUCAGUUCACAUUAAAUGAAAAACACUGUUAAGACUCAGCGAACAUCCACCACCUGCUGCUGCUAGCCAGGAAGCAGGAAGCUGACCUUUGACCCUGUUGUGUAAUAUCUGUCUGUUCUGUUGAGCAUUAACCGGCUGCUGACUUUGGGAUAUUUUUCCUCGUGUUGGUGAAGACAAACUAAAUCGUUCCUGGAACCUGUUUUAGAUGUUAAACCCUGAGUGGCGGCCAUGUUGUCUGAAUGUAUCUCCCUCACAGAGCAACACUGCACGCUCCUGCUUCAUGUCAUCGUGUUGUUGUUGUUGUUUUGGAGCUCAGGUUAGUCUGUUGUCAGACCUCAUAUUGUUCACUCGUGUAUUUUGAUGUUCUGUGUCGCAAUAUCCGGAUUAAAGUCUGUUGUUGAUCAGCUGUUUGUGUCUCCGGCCUUGUUCAUGGUUAACUAGAGGAUCCGCUCAUUCCCAGAAAUGAUGAAUCAGCUGAACGAUCACAUCACUGCUGAGCUGAAACACACAACGUAUCUCAC